AUGUUUUUCCCGGUCAGUUCUCAACCUCCCUGCGUCAACUUGCGCGGCCGCAAGCGCGUCCCUCCUCUCUGCUGCUGGGGCGAGCUGCUCUUCUCGGACCAUAAAGCCCAACUGUCCCUCGAGUUGCUCCCCAGUAUGACUGGCGAGCGGGGCUACCUGGAGGGGCUGGCUUCGCGGUACGCGGACCUGUUCAACACGCACUACGGCGACGUGCUAGAGCACCUGGACGAGCUCCGGCGCCGCGAGUGGGACGAACUGUCGCCGCGGAUGCGCGUGCUGGGCUCCGGCGGGGGGGCGGGCGCUGCGGGCGGCACGCCGGCCUCCACGCCGGACUCGAACCCCAGCCCUCAGCAGCUGACCACGUCGCUGUCGCAGCCCAUUUACGUGCCGGGCAAGUACCAGCCGUCCAGCUGCCUCAGCGACAGGGAGGAGGACGAGAUCUACGGCUUCGGCUACGGCGUCUACGGCCGCCAGGUGCUGCAGCGGCAGCCGCCGGCGCACAAGGUGCUGCUCUCCCCUCAGGUGCCCUACCAGAGUUGCUUGAGCCCGAGGUCUGCGUAUUUCUACGAGUUCCCGCCGUCUGAUGCGAACCAGCAGCAGCAGAGCGGCAAGAAGAAGACGAGCUUUUCGCGGUUCCUUCGCGGCCUGAAGACGGCCCACCGCAAGGACAAGGCUUCGACGCCCGGCGCCUCCGGCGGCUGCUCUCCGCGGCAUGCGCGCGCCCGCCAACAGCGAGAACAGAGGGUGGGGACACCAGACAGCGUAGUGGAGAGCAUGCUGCCAUCUAUCGUCGACCCAAGGGACUACGACCGGCUGCGAUUCAUGCAGAUGAACGGAGGAGCGCCGAAUAGCUUCGAGGAGACCAUUCACAGGCUGAAAGUGCAAGAAGUCCUGAAGAAGAGAGAGCGCUUCCACAAGGAGCACGAGGAGAUCCUGAGAGACAUUAAACAAGGACUGAAGCAACUAGGGAGAGAAGGUGGCCGACCUAUCAUGGCAUCAGAUGAUACCUAUAUGUAUGAUGAUGAUGCAAGAUGUUCUGGUCUUGGACCACACUGGUAUGAUGAGCCACCCUAUGAGAGUGAUCCAGAAGACUUUCUCAUGGGUGGACAACCUGUUCCAACUGCCACUAUCCAAAAUGGGAGGGUAUGUUUUACACUUAACCUAAGGCAACAGCCUCAUGGUGAAGGAGUGAUCUCAUUGAGGUCAGCAGGAGACAUAUCUGUUCCAAGGGAAACUGGCAGCAGCUCCUGGGCACGAGCACAAACAAUAGGUGGAGUGCAGCGUUCUUCAGCAAGACGUGGUCUUCUUGUACCUCCUUCUGGACCAAUUAUCACAAGCAGUCACCGGGAGAGUGGAGACUAUGCUGGAUCUGAUGUUCAGAGCAUAGGAUCACGACUGUCCACAAUGUCAAUAGAAACAAGUCGUUCUGAACAGACAGAAAAUCCAACUAAUAUUUCAUCACCUUCCUACAUUUCUCACAUGACAAUGGGCAAGGGACGACAUUUUCGAAAAACUAUGGGAUACACAAGCAGAAGCAGUGCAAGUGAAGAAGGUCUUUCUCCAAGUCAGAGUUCUGAUUAUGAAGAUCAAGAGGAGCUACAGAGUGUACAGCAAGUUACAGUUCAUGCUACGGAGUCAGGAUGCCGAGCGGGUGUGACUCUGAGUACACGUUCUAAGGGGCUGAGACAGGAUGUACAGAAGAAAGGGUCACGCCUUCGGUCAGCUGCAGCUGAUGGUACGGAGAAAGCUUUUCCCUCAACAAGCUCUGUAGAGAGCUUACCCAGUGGCUCUGGCUCCAGUACCCAGGCCCUUGUACCAGCAAGCAGUAAUCAUAGUUCAAUAUCAGCUGAAGACUGUGAUACUUCCAUAAUUGGACCAGUUAUAGGGAGAGCUCGGGCCCUUGUUGAUUACACUCCUAGCCCAUACGACAAGGAUGCUCUCAAAUUUAAGAAAGGAGACAUCAUUGACAUAGUUACAAUGAAUCCCAGUGGGCUGUGGAAAGGUAUUUUGCACAACAAAGUAGGUACUUUCAAAUUCAUCAAUGUUGAAGUCCUGACUGAGAAAGGAAGAUCCAGCAAACGUCAUCAUUCUAGUGGAAAGUACUCUCAUCACUGUGUUUCUGCUAAGGGAAAGCCACACUCUGUGGAAGAUCUACUUCGGAGAAUAAAUCUUGAGGAACAUAUAUCUGUUUUUGUUUUAAAUGGCUAUGAAGAUUUGGAAUUGUUCAAAGAUCUGGAAGGAGAAGACCUUGAUUAUCUAGGAAUUAAUAACCCAGAACAUCGAGCAAAAAUACUGACUGCUGUUGAGUUGCUGCAUGAUUAUGACUCUCCAGAAAGUCCUGUUGAUACAGACGAAGAAGAUCAAAACUCAAGUACUGAAGAUGAUGCAGGCUCAAUAAGUCAGCAUUCAGAAUGUUCAACAUCACAAUUCAGUUCAAAUAGUAAAUGCUCCUCAUUUCAACGUCUCCAGUUUCCUCGAGACUCUGGAUGUUAUGAUGCUUCUAUGAAAGAGAGAAUGCAUUCACAUCACAAACACCAUCAUCACAGGAAAGGACACAGUGGAACUGUGAUGCAGCACCAUCACCAUCACAGUCAUCACUCUCAGAAAUGUGAACAGGAUUGUUCUAGCCAAGUGGACUGCACUGGCUCAAGAGUGAGAGACUGUGGUUUAAAUUUAAGGCAUUGCAGCAGUGUAAAAGAAAUUCCUAAUAAUUUGGACUCGGGUAUGCUCUUUCAGAGCCAGAGUAACACAGUAAAAAAUGAAAUUGUGGGUGUAAGUGACAAGCAUUCACAUGCAGUCCACACUGCUCUGUCCCAUCAUGAAUCUUUGGAUAUGAGUGAAUUGGACAAACAACUAUUGCUAUCACAACAGCAAAACUUCCUUCCAAAUAUUCCUGUAACUUCACUGUCUGGGACUACGGCUUCAUCAGCUACAGAAGUUUCUCAGGACAAGUCCAUGGUCAGUGUUUCCAACUCCCCUGUACGAACCCCAGCAGACUCUUUCACAUUAGCACGAGGGAAGUUAGUAUCUAUCGAUUCCUCUAGAAAAGGAGCUCCACCAGCCCUGUCUUCUCCAAUUAGUGGUUCACGAAGUGGAAGCAGUAAAAAGCAACAAAUUUUAGAGUCACCAAGCAGCAGACAGUCUCCAAGUAUUUUUGGUUCUGAUGGCUCUCCUGUGGUAAGUAGUGAAAUGUCAGCUUCACCACCCCCUUGUGGUAUUAUUGAAGAUACAUGUGAGACAAAUGCUAAGCUGACAAUGGUGAAGUAUGUGGUGGGUGGGAGUAGUGAUCUUGGAUUGGGUUGUGAGAGUGGCAAUAUUGUUACAGGUGGAGGAAGAGGUUGUAGCUUCAGUGAAAAAUCCAGUGACUCUGGAGUAAGUUCAAGCUCUUUGUCUUCAUCAAACAUAAGAGAAGGUCGAAGUGGACAUGUAAUUGGGUCAUCAGGGAUGACUGUAAUUGACAGCCCUACAAGAGCAUUCCUUAAUUUUGGCUGUGUUAACAACAACAGAGCUUCACCAACACACAGUAACAAGGGACAUACUGUAAUGUUACAAGAACUUGAAAAAAAUUCAUAUCAAUAACCAAAAUUAAAGACAAUGUGCUUGACAAUUCAUAUCAAUAUUUAGUCAAUAACAUAUUUCCUAGUCCUGAGCCCCACUAUUGUGUAUAGUCCUGAUUGUUUUAAAGAUGAAAAAAUGUUGAACUAAAAUAAUUUGUUAGUUAUUUCAUUUUUAAUUGUUUCUGAAUAUCGCAAAAUAUUGUAAAAAUGUGGUAAAUUCCUCUUGUAAAUUAUUGUAAGAUAUUGUAGCAAGGACAUAUGUUUUAUCAGAAAUAAAACAUUUUUGCAGUUUAAUUUAAA